AUGAGAUCACCAACGGCUACAGCAACUGCAACAUCAACAACACCUAAAAUAAAAAUAAAAAAGGAACAUGAACAACAAAAUGGACGACGAUAUUUUUCAGAAUAUUCCGUCGAAAGUGCCAAAUACCAAUCUGCCCUAAUUAUUUAUUCCGAAGAAAACAUUCCAGAGCUACAUAGACUAGAGAGGAACAUCAUUGUUGGAAAAUAUUCAGUAAAAAUUCGGCAACAGUGGUCUGCUCUUGGAGUUGCUGGUUCCGUCUGGGAUGCUGCCAUUGUUUUAGCAGAGUAUUCUCAAAAUGAUGAUCUAAAUGGUUUGAAUGUCAUUGAAUUAGGCUCAGGAACAGGAUUUCUAGGAAUAUUUUAUUCAAAACUUGGUGCAAAAGUUACAUUAACAGAUGUAGCAGAUUGCAUUCCAAACAUGGAACACAAUGUAGGGAUAAAUGAAGCCUCAGGAGCAGUCACUGUUAAAGAGUUGAAGUGGGGGCAGAACUUAUCUGAAUUCCAGGAUAAGUAUGACUUCAUAUUAGGGGCAGAUAUUGUUUACAUUGAAGAAACCUUCAAAGAUUUAUUAAAUACAUUACUUCACCUUUCUAAUUGCCAAACAAAAAUAUUCUUGUCCUGUAAGAUCAGAUAUAAAAAAGAUUCAAAGUUUAUUUCAAGCUUGUGUGACUAUUUUUCAGUUGAAACUGUUCAUUAUGAUGACAAAUAUGAUAUCACCAUAUAUUUGGCUAGGAAAAUUUGUUGA